UGCUUGUUGCUCCUCUCAGAGCCUCCUCUGGUCUCCUCAGUGGUAUCUGGAUCACCAUGAAGCUUCUUCUGCUCAAACUCRCACUCUUUGUUUCCUUCAGCAGUUUUUCCUUCUCUUCCAUCCCUGCUGACAGGCCAGGCUGCUUCAGAGUCAGCAGUUGUAAAUGUGUCCUGAAGGAUGGCAGCGGAGUGAUCAGCCUGACCUCUGUGGGAGACUCUGAUGGUCUCCUGCUGCGUUCCAGGCCCGUUCCAGCCGAGGACAUGCUGGUCGAUGCAGAGAUGCUCCUCUCUUUCAGCCCCUGCCAGCCCUUUUCCCAGCCAGAGGAGCCAACAGGAGGCGACUGCAGCCACGUCGCUGCAUGUCUCACUGUCAGUUCACAGGAACCAGCUGAUGACUGUGGCACAUUACCACUGCAACCCAAACCAGUCCAGUUCCACCAUCCAAGACCAGAUCCUCAGCUCCAAGGGGCUCCUGCACAUCUGGGUGGAGAGUCCCUGUGCUUGUCCAAACGCCUGCUCCAUGGGAGAUCUGGGUCUGGGCACCAUCUUCCUCAUCAUCCUCUCCCUCAGUGCAGCUGCAUACUUCAUCUUUGGUUCCUGUGCUCUCAGAGCUUUCCGGACCAGCAGCGGAGUGCAGAUCUCUCCGGAGCAGAGUGUGUGGUGUAUGAUGUGCUACUUCUUUAGUGACAGACGACCAGCAUGAAGACACCACGCAGAGCUGACACAGAGUGAGCCAUGAGCUCUGGAACAUAUUAGCAUUUCUCAACCAGUUAUAGCUCAUUUCUCAGUCUGCCUGGUGGUACUAGGUUAUUUCUUUCUACAAACUGUCCUUACAUGUUUUAAAAGCCAUGUCCUCCUGAAUGACAGAGAAUCUACUUCAUACAAUCCUAAUUCUGAAAUGGUGAGGACGUUGUUUGUAAAAUAUAGAUAAAAACAGAAUGCAGCUAUUUGCAAAUCUCAUAAACCUAUACUUUUCACAAUCAGACAUAAUACACAUUUGAUAUUUCAUUAAAAAUAUUUUUUAAAUAA